CAAAGCCGGGAAAAGCGGGAAUUUUUGAAGGCGUAGUGUUAUCAUUCUUGAAUGUCCAGAAAAAACUCUGAAAUUUACUACUAAUAUAUUUAUCUCUUUCUCAGGAUACCUAAUACUCAUCGUUAUUCAUAUAAAAAUUCCAUGCGGAAAUGUUAGUCUAAUGUGAUUGAAGUGUCCUAUAUAUUUUUUCCCUCAAAAUAAAUCACUAUUUAUCCGUGCUGCAAACUCAUCGGAGACCAGGUAGAUCUGCAUUACCUGCGCUUGUAGCAGAAGGACUCGGCAAGAAAGAAGGAUGAAAGAAAACAUCUGGAAUAUCAGCGCUACAGAAGCUGGACAACAUCAUGUUAAUUACCCUGCUGAAGCAAAUGGAACAGCUUUCCUGCCUGGGACCAGCACAACCCUGAUUCCUGGUAACCAGACUGCCAUCACGGCUCAUACUGGAGGCAACGCUGCUGCGCCCCAAAUCUGUCAGUCCCAUAUUACUGGUGAUGUAAAUUUCAGCAUCAAUCUCCAAGGUUAUGGGGAUGGAGGAGGGCGUGGCCAGAAGCGGCAAAGAUAUCCAGCACCACCGAGUGACGUACUAUUUGAUUGUACUGAAUCCUUGAACAAGAUACAGAGAGUUCAGAUGGAUCCAUCAUUAUGCUCAGAGCCAAAGAAACCAAGAACAGAUUACUCCUUUGCAGUUGUCCAGGAGAAGCAUAAAUCUAAUUUGAAGAGAAAAUUUGAAAACGUAUCUGAGGGAAUUUCACGGGCAGGGAAAUCGAUUCAUCUAAAUAGUGUGUUUACAAACCUCGACAUAAUAGAAGGUGACAUGGAAAAGGUCCUUGAUGAACAUGAGAUAUGUCAGAUUGAAAUUGCCCCCAGAAAGGAAACAUCUACAAUUCCUAUACAUGAUAUCUUAAAACCCUUAGAAGGUGAAAUGAAAACCAUCAGAACCGUGCUGACGAAGGGGAUCGCAGGAAUUGGAAAGACUUUUUCUGUGAACAAGUUCAUUCUUGACUGGGCAAAUGGCAAAAAGAAUCAAGACAUCGAUUUUGUUUUCCAAUUUAGUUUUCGUGAACUGAAUUUAAUGAAACAAAAAUUCAGUCUAAUGAAACUUGUUUAUCAAUUCUACCCAGAAAUAAAGGAGCUACAUGGACUUGAAAACUACAAAAUUUUGUUUAUCCUUGAUGGCUUUGAUGAGUGUCGAUUUCCUUUGAAAUUCAAGAAUAAUGAGUGCCAAUCCUCUUUAAAAACUAAACUGCCUUUGGAUGAAUUGCUAACAAACCUCAUCUGGGGGAAUAUGUUUCGCUCUGCCUGCCUCUGGAUCACCUCCCGACCAGCAGCAGCCAGUCAGAUCCCCCCUGAAUGUGUCGACCGAAUAUCAGUAAUACAAGGAUUCAAUGAUUUCCAGAAGGAGGAAUACUUCAGAAACAGAUUCUCUGAUGGUAACCUAAUUACCAAAAUAAUCUCACAUGUCAAGUCAUCCAGAAGCAUCUACAUCAUGUGCCACAUACCGCUUUGCUGUUGGAUUGCAGCCACUGUUCUUAAAGAAUUUUUUACUCGGAAAGAUAGAGAAAUUCCCACGACUUUGACACAAAUGUACACUCACUUCCUGCUCAUUCAAAUAAAUAGAAAUGAAAAGUAUUUUGAAGAGAAUGAUGAAGGUACAAGGAGGACAGCAGUAGAUCAUCAGAAGAUCAUUCAGAAUCUAGGGAAACUAGCUUUUCAAGAGUUGUAUAAGAAGAAUGCCUUAUUUUCUGAGGAGGACUUGAAAGAUUGUGGUAUAGAUGUCCGUGACGUUUUAUACUCUGGAAUCUGCACAGAAAUAAUAAAAGAGGAGUGUUUUCAAAUUUAUAAGGUGUACUGUUUUGUUCACCUGAGCAUUCAAGAGUAUCUUGCUGCUCUUCAUGUGUUUUAUUUAUUUGUCAACAAGACCAUGAAGCCACUGGAUGAUUUUUUCAAGAUGAAGCCUAGAGUUUUACACGGCUUGCACAAAGCUGCAGUGGAUAAGGCCCUUAGCUGUCAAAGUGGACACCUGGAUCUUUUCCUUCGCUUCCUACUGGGAAUUUCACUGGACUCCAAUCAGCGACUUCUUGAAAACCUUCUGCCUUUGAGAAAAAACAGCUCACAUAGCAUUAUGAGAACAACCCAGUACAUCAUCAAAAUUUUGAAUGGGAGGAAAAUUUCUGCAGACAGAGGCAUCAACCUUGUGCACUGUUUGAUGGAGCUGAACUAUAGCUCCCUAGUGGAGAAAGUCCAAAAGCUUGAAAGCCCUGGUUCAGCUAGGAAGCUUUCUCUGACGGAGUGUUCAGCACUGGCUUAUGUACUUUUGCUGCCACACAAUGUUUGUGAUGAAUUGGAUCUGAAGAAGUUUAACGUGCCAGAUGCGGGUCUUUGCCGACUUGCCCCUGUGAUAAGAUCAAGGAAAACUGCUGUGUUUAACCACUGCAAACUCUCGCUCGAAUCGUGUAAAGUACUGGCCUCGGUUCUCGAGUCAGCCAGGUCGCACCUUGUAGAUCUGCAUCUCAGCCACUGUGACCUGGGGGACCAGGCACUGGGAAUCCUCUGUUCUGGGCUGAAGAGUCGGCAGUGUCAGCUGGAGAGACUGGACCUCAGCUUUAAUAAACUGAGCAGUGCAGGAGUGAAUCAGCUCUGUGACGUGCUCAGAGGGCCACAGUGUAAACUGCAGUAUCUGGAUCUCAGCAGCAAUGACCUGCGGGACGCGGCAGUGAAGGUGCUCUGUGAGGCACUGCCUAGUCCACAGUGGAAAUUACAGACAAUGAAACUGUCAAGCUGUCGAAUCACAGAGCAAGGUUUCGCUUCUCUGGCUUCAGCCCUCUGUUCAAACCCUCCACACCUCAAAGAGCUGGACCUGAGCAACAAUAACCCUGGCAGGUCAGGGGCGGAGCUGCUCUCUGCUGCGGGGAACAACCUCACCUGCAAAGUGACUUUGGGCCGAGGUGAUGAGCGUAGAUCUGACUUUCUGAAAUAUGCCUGUAAGGUGAUACUGGACCCCAACACAGUAAACAAGUUUUUAUAUAUCAGUGAUGCAGGCACAAAGGUGACCAGGAGGGGGCGACAGCAGCCAUACCCACAUCACCCAGGGAGAUUCAGUGGCUGUAACCAAGUGCUGUGCAGAGCGGGCCUGCACGGCUGCUGUUACUGGGAGGCGGAGCUGGAUGGAUGUGAGGCGUAUGUGGGGAUGGCGUAUGAAGGGAUCGUCAGGAGCGCAGCGUGUCACGCGGCUCGCCUCGGUUACAGCGACAAGUCCUGGGCUCUGUACUGUUCAGCUGGCAAGGUCUCUGCAUGUCAUAACAAGGAGAUCAUUGAUAUCUCUGUGCCCCAGUCCAGUACCUGCAGGAUCGGGGUGUACCUGGACUGGACAGGUGGCAGUCUGUCCUUCUACAGCGUCUCCUCUGACACGCUGACCCACCUCUACACCUUCCACUCCACAUUCACUGAGGUCCUGUAUCCAGGGUUCAGGCUCCUGAAGAAAAACACGUCGUGGACCCUCUGUCGGCUGCACUGAGAGACUUUUCUGUCUUCAGCCAGACACGAUGACCAAAGAGGAAAUAAAUCAGGGAUCAUAGCGUCACGCACAAGAUUGCGGAACUCAGUGACCUUCUUUCAGAGCUGUCAUGUAUUCAAAGCUAAUUAUUCUGCCCAUCCAAAUAUGAGCGUUUGUUUGUAUUUGGGUCCCCCUAGUGGUAGUAUUUCCACGGCAUUUCCACCAUAUUCUAGCUUAAAUAAGGAAGUAAAUUGGGUAUUGACCACGUGUCAGAAUCUGUUCUCAUUUAAUCUGCCUAAUUUAUUUUGCACGUGAAAGUGUGGUCUAUAAGUAACUGUCUUUACAUACCGAUAAUAUAACAGAUACCAAAGGAAUAUGUUACGUCCGUG